AUGGCGGUUGGCUUCCCAGCGCCAGGGCUCUACAUCACAGGACUCGGAUCACAGUAUCCUCCCUAUCUGCUAGCGCCUCACGACCUCGAAAAUUUCGCGGCGCGAUAUUAUGAUGUGACCAAGUCAGGAAUAAAGAAGCUACUUCAGCUCAACCGGUCAAGCGGCAUCGAGACCAGAUCCGCAAUCCGACAAUAUGACACGGGAUUUGCAACGGACUCAAAAGAACCUUCAAUCGCUGAUAUUGACAACUUCUUCCGUGAAGCUGGUGUCGACCUAGCCGUGCAAGCAUGCAAGAAAGCUCUGGGAGAAGCAAACAUUGCACCCGAGCAGAUCACCCAUACGAUUGGAGUCACAUGCACCAAUCAAGGUAAUCCAGGAUACGAUCUUCCUGUGGCUCGUGAGCUGGAUCUCCCACUAAGCGUCGAUCGAACAUUACUGCAUGGGGUCGGGUGUGCUGGUGGUCUAUCUUUAUUGCGAGCAGCAGCACAGCUCGCAGGUGGAGCUAGUGUGCGAAGGAAACCAGCCCGCAUUUUGGCUUUUGCCUGUGAACUAUGCACACCAAAUCUGCGAUAUUAUCUUUCCUUGGCGGAGCAAAAUGGGAAUUCCGAAAAAGCAAACAUUGCAGGUGCUUUGUUCUCAGAUGCUGCGGCAGCGUUUGUGCUCUGCAAUGAGUAUGCCGUGGCCCAGGAUCAGCAAUCGAUCCCACAGCUUGAGCUUCUGGAAUGGGGAUGUGACGUGAUUCCGGAUACCGUGGAUCGCAUGUCAUUCUAUGCUGACGUAAAUGGUUAUCGUGCUACACUUGACCGAGAUAUUCCUGAGUACACCACUCUCGCGAUUGGACCAAUGUUUAAUAAACUCCUCUUAUCAUACGAGGAACGAUUACAGCCGCAGGGGCAACCAAGCAAGGAAGUGCCUAGGUCAUUGGAAAUCGGCGACUUUGACUGGGCCUUGCAUCCCGGGGGAAAAGCAAUUAUAGAUGGCGCAAGCGAAGUGCUUCAGCUGUCGGAGGAACAACUUCAAACAACACGAGAAAUAUAUCGUACAAGGGGAAAUUCAUCCAGUGCAUCCGUCUUGAUUGUCUUGGAUCAGAUUCGCUCACAAAGCAACCGACAGCAUAUUGUUGCUACUUCAUUUGGCCCUGGCUUGACUAUUGAGAUGGCAUUACUUAGAAAGUGUCAGGUAAAUCAUUCAUGA